GCUAGCUGAUCAAAAUCAGCAUAGUAGUCAAGAAAACUUGAUUAGAAAAUCAGCAAAUUCUUCAAUUUAUUUUAGCUUUGAUAUUCGAUAGUUAUAUAGUUUUUGUAGGUACGCUAAGAUUUCGGGGUAAAUUAAUUAAAAGCAAACAAACAAACCCAGGCUGGGUCGCUCACCUCCCUCACCAUCAUGGCGAGCCUUCUAGGGUUUCAGACUCAGAUCGCUUCAGUUAUGGAGGUGUUCGCUAACGCCGCAGUGGCCGAGAUCUGUAAACUUGUUGAAGUUAGUUACAAUGAAUUACAAACAGAAAUACUGAAAAGUCAGAAGGAGAAUAAUAUACUAAAACGAAGGUUGAAACUGAUCGAAGUCCGGGAGUCGUUUUAUAAAAGAGCCCACAAGCUGAAAGGAACACACAGAUCGGACGGACUGAAGGACGGAUGUAAAGGGUCGGGGCGAAUGGUUCAUGUAAAGAUCAGUUCAUCUAGCAGUGAGCGUUCCACUGAAGAUAUGGAGUCUUCCAAAGUGCAGAAGCAGUGUUUGAUUGAGAAUAUUGAAGACGGAGAGCCUGAUGUUCUCAUUAUUAAGGAAGAGAUGAUGGACAACAUGAGGAGCAAAGAAUUGGACCUAGAACUGAGCCUGGGAGUGGAACAGGAGAGACAUUACACAGGUACUGAGAAUAGAAACAAGUCCCUGGAGCAGAACAAUCAGCUCUGUCAACAAGAGUGUGAUGAUGAAGAAACACAUGACUUUCUCAAGGAAGAAGACAUGGAGGAUUGUGUUGCAGAAGAGGGCAAAAACUCAGAGAAAUUCAACGAGAAUCAUCCUGAGGAGGGAGGUUCUGCUGUAGAAGCCGAAGCUGACCUUCAUUCUGCGACCUCAUGGGACAGCAGCAGAUAUGAGACAGCUACCCACAGCCUCUCCUACUCUGGGCCAGACUGCAACACGGGGACCUCCCUCAACGAGUACUUUACGCAUGGUGACACUGAAGAUGCUGCAUGUCCCUUUGGGACCCAGAUAAGCAAUUCCUCUCUUUCUGAUGUGGAUGGAACUUUUGUACACAGUGAUGAACUAACUGGGGCUGAGAAAAUGGCUUCUCAUUCUGAGGUAACUCCGUUCACGCCGGUAUUUGCAUCACAGAUGAAGGAGAGAUUUGUAUGCAAGUACUGUGGAAAACCCUUCCCUCACCCCAGUGCUCUCAUUUUGCACCAGAGGGUGCACACUGGGGAGAAGCCCUAUUGCUGUACUCUCUGUGGUAAGAGAUUCAGCCAGUCAUCCAGUCUUAAGAAACACCACAGCAUUCACCGGGGUGAGAAACCCUUUAGGUGCCUGCAUUGUGGCAAACAGUUUUCAGAUCAGAGCAACCUAAAGAAGCAUGUGAACGUUCACACUGGUGAAAAACCAUAUGCCUGCACUCAGUGCGGAAAGACCUUCAAUCAGUCAUCCAACCUCAAAACACACAUGAAAAUUCAUACACGUGUACAACCUUUUGGUUGUGAACGUUGUGGACAGAUAUUUGCAUACAAGAACAGCUUGUUGAAACACCAACAGAGGAACUGCCUGAGUAGUCAAACUCUAGUUGGACAGUUCUCUAUUCCAGAUCAUUAAUUGAGCAGAGGCAUGUUCAAGGAGACUUAGAUGUUUGAAAUCAUGUGGCAGCCUACCUUAUUUAAGUAUAUAUUAAGUACAUAAAUACUUAUGUACAUUUUUGACAGUUUAUAAAAUUCCUAGUAGGUGAAAUGGUGAUCUAAUAGAUAAGGAGUUAAAUGCAAGGUCUGUGCAUAUGUUCUGCUGGUACAGUCAGUAUAAGAAAGUACCGUGGAUGUAUCAGUAGUCUGUUUUAUAACACAUUCAUUCAGACAGUAGAAUUUAGGAGCCUUGGACAAAAAGCUACCUAAAUUUAAAAGGCUUUUUUUAAAGAAAAAACUGUAUCAAGUUGAAAAUUGUUAGAAGUUUUGUUGUUUAAACCCAGUGUGUCAAACACUUUUAAAGACUGAGACUAAUUUAAUUUUGAUAGUCAGUCUGUUUUUCUCUGCAUUAUCAGAUAAUGUACUUAAGUUUCAUACUCAUUUUUCUUCAAUAAAUGUUCUUAAACAUUCUUUAGUUUUCUUACCAAUAAACGAAAAAUGAAA